CUCUCUUGAGCCUGAAGAACCUCCCUUUCCUUUCCUUCGCGACACCCUUCUAGCGGACCGCCGCAAUGGGUAUCGAGCUGCCCAUCGUCUCGAUAUUGUGCGCGGUGCUUUUGCUAUGCCUGAUCCCCGCGUACUUGAUAGCUGGAAAUGUGGCGGCUACAUCGCUUGUCGGCUGGCUGCUCCUUUGCAACCUGAUCCAAGCCGUCGAUUCUGCGGUCUGGGAGAACAAUACUAGCAUUCGAACGCCAGCAUGGUGUGACAUAGCCACGAAAUUGCUGCUCGGUGCGAGGAUCGCGCUGCCUGCAGCUUGCCUUGGCAUAUCUCGCCAUCUGCGACGCCGUACUUCGACAUUUGACUUCGGAUCAAGACGCAGUAUCCCGUGGGCUGAUUAUGCGCUAUGUUUUGUACUUCCGAUAUUGUACAUGAUUCUUCAACUAUGGCUGCGCGGCAUCUGUAUAUUCAUCCCUUCCUGCUUUGAUCCUGGUCUGGCUACCUCCAUCCUUGCUCUCGAUUGCCGCACUCGUCGGCUCAUCCAUCGCACUGUAUCAUCCCACGCCUUUUUGCCCAAGUCCAACAACUUCGCAUUCUUUCGCGUUAUGAUAAGCAGUCUUCUAAUUGCUUCUUUGACUCUCGCAUUCGGUGUCGUCACUGUUUACGUUGGAGUCGAAUCUCCUCCGGGUCUCCAGCCGUGGCGAUCAUGGACUUCCGUUCACGAUCACAUCUCGGAGAUACAGAUACUCACGUCGUCGACGCCGAUGCAGCUCAUCAGUAUCGAGAUGGCUUGGUGGGUCAUUCCGGCGUCUUCGUUCGUCCUCUUUGCCUCCGUCGUCGCUGGAAUGCUGGCUGGGACACGGGACCAGGUACUCGAUGACUACCGCACUUUCUUAUGGCGACUCCAACUUCUCUGUGGAAACCGGGAUGCACCUCGCAGACCAUCAGAAUCCUUCAUAGACCUGCAUGGAGACUUCAGGUCCCGACUCUCAGAUACUGUGAGCCCCACCCGUACCCCCAGCGCCAAAUCGGCGUGGAAAUCGCCGUCACUAUCCUCGCUCAAGUCCGCCCCCUUAUCCAUCACAAUCCCAAACACCAUGCCACUGUCAUCGCCCCCUUCGACUGAAUUUGAGAAUACCGACGCGACGUUUGCUCAAUCGACAGUGUCGUACUUGGAUUCUCCCGCUGGCAAAUCAGCCGUCAGUCUUGUGCUGCCUCCGCCUGCGUUCAAGCGGCCAAGUAGACCUGCUCCUCCGCUUGACCUUGGGCCACAACCAGCCCCUGAGGAGGACGCACAUUACAAUCGUCCGAACUCUCCUCCACCGCGUCCCAGCUCCAUCUUGUCAGAGCCAUGGCCGCGACCGCCAUCCGCUAUCCCAAUCUCCCCCGUUGUUCCCGUCACCAUCCAUCCUCCGUCUCCGCGACCUGGGCAUGCACCCUCUCGGCCUCCAAGCAGAGCAUCCUUUUCGACCAGCCUUGCGUCAUCUACAGUCACGAUGUCGGCAUAUGCCUCUGAUGUCGAGCGCGCGCUGCGCGAUUCCCCAACGCUCCCCCAGUUUGCACCCUUCGCGGAUGCUGGUAUGCCGACGGGGGAAUCGCAUGCACGAGGACUAAGCUUGGCCGUCCCAAAGCGUACGCGGAAAAUGCGCAGCAAGGAUGUGAUGGUGACGAGGAACCUGAGCCUCAGUUUACGUACGCGCGAACGCGCUAGAGAGGAAGAAGGCACGGGUCCAGGGAUCUAUAUGACUGUCGUGAAGGAGACCGUCUGACAGCCACCUAUCGCUCUUGUGGACGCGGGCUGUUGAUGUUCUCGAGCGAGGGCUCAAGGACUAUAGUGUAGCCCUCGAUGAAGUGACAUAUUUCGUGACCGCCUUUCAUUCGUUCUUUCAUUCGGGUUUCGUUCACUGUAUCGUACCAAGCUUGUAUUCCACAGCAUUUGCGUGUAUACGUAUGAUACCAUCUGUAGCCACUUCUUGUAUUUUUAUAUUCACAUUGCUUCGGCG